AUGACGACCGCCGCGCGCCGGCGAGGCAACGAGAGACAGGCCGCCCUCCUCGAGAAAGGCGGGAAACUCUAUGGCGAAAAGGAGUACGACCGUGCCGAAGCUGCCUUUUCCGAGGCCAUGGGCAUGUGCAAAUGCGGCAUCGCUCUCGGCGAGCCCUGCACCUGUAGGGACAUCAUGCGGGGAAUCGACCAGAGCCGGUUGAAGGACGUCCUGGCCGAGCGGUGCAGCUGCGCCGCGGCAUCCAACAGCCGCUGUGGCGAAUCGCUCCACCUAUCCGCCUUCGAUUCCCUCAUCGCCGUCUACGAGAAGAGGGGCCAGAUUGACGAGGCGCUCGAACGUGCGAAGCAGAUGAUCAACCUCUGCCCCAGAGAGCCUAAAAGCUUCCUACGUCUAGCGAAGCUCCUCCGCCUAAAGGGCCUGAACCUGCAAGCACUCCUUACCUACAAGCAAGGUAUCGACCUCGUCGAGAGAAAGUACCCGGACCAUGCUCUUUUGGAUACCCUGCGCCAACUGAGGGACAAGAUGCAGCAGCUCGUCGCCAGGUUCGACCCCAUCGUCACUCUCCCUCCCGAGCUCUGGCACAUGGUGUUUCAGUAUCUAGACUUACGGACAAAGUGUCGCUGCUUGCGGGUGUCCAAGACGUGGAAACUAUCUCUGACCGCGCCCGGCGCCCGCAACCUGUGGAAGGUCCAAGGGUACGCGUUCUCUCGACCCGGGUCCGGCCCCGCCAUGCAGAAGUCCGUCCGAGCGAACGUCAGCUACGCGGCCCACCAAAUCACCGAGCUCUCCGUCGACGACUGCUUCGAGUUCUUCACCAAGAUGGGCCGCACCCCGGUCCUAUUCCUCACCCCCCACCUGCGAGUCCUGAAGCUCCGCGGCAGAAGCUACCGGGGCCAUCCCGUCCCCCCGCCCUUCGAGCUCAAGCCGUCGAUGCUGGACAUGAACAGGGUCAAGGCGCUUCGGCUCACGCACCUCUACAUCGGCGAGACCGUGCAGGCGAGCUGGGUCCUCCUGUGGAAGCUGAUCGAGUCGUCGCACACCACUCUGGAGGAGCUCUCGGUCCUGUCCUUCCAGCACAUCGAGGGCUCGCGCGUCAACUUUGUCCAGCCGAGCCCGCCGGCGUUCCGGGACUGGCCCAAGCUCGAGCGGCUGAAGACCAUCCGGCUGGUGACUCACCCCGCGUGGGGGCAUUGGUGCGUCGACGUGGGCGAUAUCGUGGACGUGGCCCCGAACGCGGAGGAGGUCUGGCUCGACAUGGUCUACUGCGGCGACCCGACGGGGCCGUCGUGGAAGAAGGCGCGCAGCAUCCACAUCGGGGGCGGCGUGCACGCGGACGUGGCGCCGCGGAUCCUGUCCGGCCUCACCGAGAACAUCCGCGAGCUCUACCUGGACUCGAUCCCCGCCCAUAUCCCGAGCGCACUGCCUCUCGGGAAGCUCGAGAAGCUGUCGGCGGACACGCAGCAGGCGCGCCAGCAGCACCGGGGGCGGGGCGGGGACUGGACCGAGGCGGAGUUCGAGGCGCUGGUGCGGCCGGGGCUGGAGUCGGGGACGCUGCGGGAGCUGGACUUCCGGCCGCUGCCGGCGCGGGCGCUGCUGGAAGGGGGCGGCGACGGCGGGGCGCGCGCGGCGCUGGCCUGGUUCCGCGGCGCGAGCGUGACGCACCUGUCGCUGACGGGGUUCGCGCGCAACGGCUGCCACGCCGCGCCGCGCUUCGACGACGCCGUGCUCGCCCUGCUCGACCGCUUCCCCGCCGCCCGCCACCUCGACUUCGGCGACGAGCCCGUCUCCGACUCCCUCGUCGCCCGCCUCAUCGCCCGCCGCGCCGUCGCCUCCGUCCACUACCGCUGCCGCCCCCUCAAGGCCGACCUCGCCGCCUGGGCCCGUAGGGCCCACGGCGCCGCCGUCGUCGACGCCAGGUCCGCCCCCAGGUACCACCCGCGCGCCUUUCCUCAGCUGCCGCUGUAG